UUCUCUUCAGAUCAAACCCAUUCCCAGAUCCCGAUCGGAUCCAAUGGAAGCGCCGCCUCCGCCGGCGAGGGCUCUCCGAUCGUCCUCCUCCGGCGCCGGCGACUCACCAUCCUUCUCCUCCGGUGCUGGCACCUUCGUCCAUAGCUUGUCGUCCAUCCUCAACAACCCUCACGCCGCCCGCUCCGACGCUUAUUGGUCUCUAUGGGGUCCCUCCACCGCCGUCGCCGAGCCCGCCCCACCGUCGUCUAUCCCGACUGACUCCGUCUCCCGGUCCGAUUUCCAACCCUACCUCUCAACCAUCUCCGAGCCGUUCUCGCGAUUCCAGGACGUCCGGAACCAUGCCACUACGGAGUCGUCGGCUGGUGCUGAGAUCCGUGGACCUGGACAGGCGCUUGUUGCUUGUCUACGGGAGGUCCCAUCGCUGUUUUUCAAGGAGGACUUUGCGCUCGAGGAGGGUGAGACUUUCCGGGCUGCUUGCCCGUUCUCACCGUCGCCUGAUGAGAACGCUGCGCUGCAGGAGCGGCUCACGCAGUACUUGGAUGUUGUGGAAAUGCAUCUUGUGAAGGAGAUCUCGCUGAGAUCGGACUCUUUCUUUGAAGCGCAAGGGCAGCUGCAGGCGUUGAAUGGGGAGAUCGUGGAGGCGUGCGUGAGGAUCAGGGAGCUCAAGGAGACAAUCAGGAUCUUGAAUGUUAAUCUAGUUGACUCUGCCAGGCAGGUGCAGGAGCACAAUGCUGCCCGUGGGAACCUUGUUGCUCUGCAACAAAAGCUCGCUUUGAUACUAUACGUCAACCAGGCACUCUCUGCAUUGAAGCUGCUUGUGGCAGCUGCUGAUUGUGCUGGAGCUCUAGAUAUCACCGAUGACUUGCAACAUCUUCUGGAUACAGAUGAGCUUGCUGGUCUCCAUUGUUUUCGUCAUCUUCGUGAACAACUGGGAGCAUCUUUGGAUACAGUGAACAGCAUUCUUUCAGCAGAAUUUUUGCGUAUGGCUGUUUAUGAUGCCAAAGCUGUACGUUCUGUCAUUCUAUCCAAGAUAAAAGCAAAGACGGCAAAUUCCAUUAAUGGAGUAGAAGAUGAAGUUGUUUUGGAUGAUGAUGAAAGCUCUAUACUGCGAGAUCACCUUCUUCCUCUAAUCAUUAGUCUACUCAGAACGGCAAAGCUUCCUACUGUCUUAAAGGUAUAUCGUGACACACUUACUAAUGACAUGAGGGGUGCAAUCAAAAUCACGGUUGCUGAGUUGAUUGCAGUUCUGGUGGCCCGAUCCUCAGAUUCUGAUUUAGCAAACUCAGAACGGGCGGUUGAUGCUGAUGGUGGAGGCUUAUCACUGGCAAAUAAACUGAGGAGCCUUUCAUCCGAAAGUUUUGUCCAACUUUUGGUUGCUAUUUUCAAGGUUGUAAAGGCACAUUUAUUGCGAGCUGCGGAAGUCAAACGAAUUGUUGAAUGGAUUAUGGAUAACCUUGAUGGUUAUUUUGCUAUUGAUUCUGCUUCUGUGACAACUAUUGCAUCUGUUGAUGCCCAUGAUAAUAAUGGCCAAGUUGUUGCUCCAACCACAUACUCAAGAAAUGCUCCCAAGGCUUUGUUGUUUCCUGGAAAGAUUAAUGAUGCUUCCAGUCCAUGUACUUCCAAGAGUUUUCGUGUUGAUGUCUUGCGGGAAAAUACAGAAGCCUUGGUUGCUGCUUGCGACGCUGCUCAUGCAAGGUGGGCUAAACUCCUUGGUGUUCGUGCUCUUUUGCAUCCCAAAUUAAAACUUCAGGAGUUUCUGAGCAUCUAUGACAUUACUAUGGCAUUUAUAGCUGCUACAGAGAAGAUUGGUGGUAGGUUGGGUUACAGUAUACGUGGAACUCUACAAUCACAGUCGAAAGCAUUCCUUGAUUUUCAGCACGAUUCUCGAAUGGCAAAGAUAAAGGCAGUCCUGGACCAGGAGACAUGGGUAUCAGUUGAUGUCCCUGAUGAAUUUCAGGCCAUAGUUGUGUCUCUCUCUUCUUUUGACACACCAGCGAGUGAUCCAGAGCUUGCUGAAUCGGAAGGUCUUGAAGAGCCUCUUACUGGAAAUGAAUCUGUUCAAAGCUCACCAGAUCAUCCCAGACAAGAUCCAUCAGAGACUCUAACUGCACCAGUUCACGAAAAGAAAGUGAACUCUACACCUCAAACUCAGAGCAAGAAUGCUAGCUUGAAUGAACAUGGGAAAUCUACUUCUCAAACUCUUGUAUGUAGAGGCAUUGGUUAUCACAUGGUAAACUGUGGAUUAAUCCUGUUGAAGAUGCUGUCCGAGUAUUUGGACAUCAGUAAGUGCUUGCCAGUUUUAGCUCCAGAAGUUGUCCAACGUGUUGUUGAAAUAUUGAAGCUUUUUAAUACUAGGACUUGUCAGCUUGUUCUUGGUGCUGGUGCGAUGCAGGUAUCAGGUUUGAAGUCGAUAACUUCUAAGCACUUAGCUCUGACGAGCCAGGUUAUCAGUUUUAUUUAUGCUAUUAUACCAGAUAUCCGGCAGGUUCUUUUUCUCAAGAUUCCUGAGUCUCGUAAAGUGUUGUUGUUCUCAGAGAUUGAUAGAGUAGCUCAGGACUAUAAAACUCAUCGGGAUGAGAUUCACACAAAACUUGUUCAGAUAAUGAGGGAAAGGUUGUUAGCAAACCUACGAAAACUUCCCCAAAUUGUUGAGAAUUGGAAUUCUGCAGAUGAAAUUGACCAACAAGGCAGUCAGUUUGCACGAUCUGUUACUAAGGAAGUUUCUUAUCUUCACCGCAUUCUAUCUCAAACCUUACUUGAGAAUGAUGUUCAAGCAAUAUUCAGACAAGUAGUGGAGAUUUUCCAUUCACAUAUUUCGGAUGGGUUUUCAAAAUUGGAGCUUACCAGUCCUCAAGCCAACAACAGGUUGUGCCGUGAUAUUCAGAUUAUUCUUGGAUGUAUCCGCAAGUUGCCUUCGGGAAACACCGUUGAAAGUGUGCCCAACUAUGGUCUGCUCGAUGAAUUGCUGUUGGAGAAGUUUGGCAUACAAACCGGUCAAUGAACGUUUAUGUAGAAUAACAACUGACCAUUUUUUUUUUUUUGGCGAACAAACAAAAGACAUCAUAGUUGAAGUCACUGAGAUUAUAUGUUGGUGUCUCUACUUCAUUGCGCUGAUUCCUACAGAUUCUGUGAUCAGAUUUUCCGGUGCGAAGAAUGUGCAGCAGUAAUGGUGGGUGCAAGCUUGCCCUAGAACCCACAUUGUUCCAUAGUUCAAAUUUUUUUAGCUUCUUGUGAUAAUUCAAUUAAGUUUGUGCUUUCAUAACUUUUCCGAAAUUGUGAAACAGUUUGAGAAUUUUACUUUUUGUUAGUGUAUAUGUGAGAGCUAAUGGAUAUCAAUCAUUAUUCGACUUCGAAAAACAAAGAAAAGGAAAAUAGUUAUCGGCAACUCUAUAUGGAUCUGGUUCAGUAUCUGUAUAGUUAUAUGGAUUCUCUUGAGGGAGAUUAUGAUGAGCUUCAAACAUUGAACAUUAUUUCAAUUCCAAGAUUGUGAAAUGUAUUCUUAA